GCUCCUCGCUUACAGGAGUCAUAAAACGUCUCGGCGUUCUAUUGGCUCAGCUGGGAGAAGCAGCUCGCUGAUUGGCUAAGACGCAUAAUGGCUGGAAAGGAGGAGGGCGGAGUCUCAGGAGCAGAGAAGACCCAGGACUGGAGAGGCUUGAGUUGCAAAGGGCAAGAAGCUGAAUCUCCUUCAAUGCAGAUCCUAGUGACCUUUGAAGAUGUGGCUGUGUAUUUCACAAAGGAGGAAUGGGCUUUGCUGGAUCCUAACCAACGAGCUUUGUACAAGGAGGUCGUGAUUGAGAAUUACGGGAAUCUCACUUUGCUGGAAGGAAUUCCAGCUCCAAAGCCUGGGCUUGUCUUACGUCUGGAACAAGGGGAGGACCCUUGUGUGCCAGAGGCUCAUGCCUUUGAUGGAAGGAAAAUCUUUGACACCAGCAAAGAUAACCCUCGGAAAAAGCACUUAUGUACUGUGUGUGGCAAACGUUUUACUCAGAAACCAAACCUAACCAGACACAUCAGAAUCCACACGGGAGAGAAGCCAUACAAAUGCCUGGAGUGUGGCAAAUGCUUUGGUUGCCAUUCGCACCUCAUGAGCCACCAGAUCGUCCACACUGGUGAAAAACCCUACAAAUGCUUGGUGUGCGAUAAAUACUUUGGCCGCAAAGCUCACCUUGCCAGACACCAAGGAAUCUAUGCAGGGGAGACACCCUAUAAAUGCUUGGACUGUGGGAAACAUUUUGCUUGCCAGUCACAGCUUGUGAUUCACCGCAGGUAUCACACAGGGGAGAAGCCAUAUAAAUGCUUGGAGUGUGGGAAAUGUUUUGCCGACCCAUCUGCCCUGGUGAGCCAUAAGAGAAUCCAUGCGGUGGAGAGGUCUCAUAAGUGUCUGGAGUGUGGCAAGAGUUUUGUCCAACAGUCCCACCUUUUGAAACAUCGGCGAGUCCACACUGGGGAGAAACCGUACCAGUGUCCAGAGUGUGGAAAAUGUUUUGCUGAUCGCUCCGUCUUUGCCAAACACCAGAGGGUCCAUACUGGAGAGCGACCUUAUAAGUGUGCAGAGUGCGGAAAGACAUUUGCCCGCCAAGAACACCUUGGGAGCCACCAGAGAGUUCACACUGGGGAGAAACCCUAUAAAUGCUUGGUGUGCGGGAAAACCUUUGCCCGCCAGUCCCACGUCGUGAGCCACCAGAGAGUCCACACUGGGGAGAAACCGUGCAAGUGCCUGGAGUGUGGCAAAUGUUUUUCUGAACGCUCAACAUUUGUGCGGCACCAGAGGACACACACGGGAGAGAAGCCCUAUCGUUGCUUGGAUUGUGGGAAAUGUUUUGGCUCCCCGUCCCACCUCACAAGGCACCACAGGCGGCACACAGGUGAGAAGCCCCACCGGUGCUUGGAGUGUGGAAAAGCCUUUGCUGAUCGCUCAGCUUUCGUGAAGCACCAGCGGGUCCACACAGGCGAGAAGCCCUACAAGUGCACUGAGUGUGGGAGAUGCUUCGCCAACCGGACACAUCUUGUUACCCACCAGCGGGUCCACACAGGAGAAAAACCCUAUGCCUGUCUAGAAUGUGGGAAAAAAUUCAGCGCAAAUAGAAGUCUCAUUCACCAUCAGAGGCAACACAUAGGCUAUCCUCUGUCUCAAUGUGUGAAGAACAUUUUGUUGACCAGUCAAUCUUUGUGUGACACUGGGGAAGCUGCUAAGGAAAAGAAACUGUAUGAAUGGCUCUCAGCUGGCAAAUGGCUUUCUCUUCAAGGCUCCCUGGCUCACAAGGAAGGAGUCCACACAGAAGGGAAGACUUUGGGCACAUCCUGAAAACAGUGGUGCAUCGAUUGAAGAAACCAUGCUGGUGCAUUUAAAGUCCAUUGGUCUUAAGGACACUAAGACAGACACGGGCUUCUUUGAGCAAAUUUUGUAAAUUGUUGCAGUUUCAGAUGUCAUUACUUGGAUACUGACUUUGAUAUUCAAAGCAUGAUUGCUUUAGAUGUUGUUAUAAGCUAAUAGUACAUUUGUGGGUCUGACUUUUGCAAAUUUGAUUAUUCACAAAUUUGAUUAAAAUGACAUUUCUAGGAAUCCCUAGGUCUUCCAGUGCAAUUCUAUGAUCAGCUUCCAGAAAGAUUUUCUCUCAGAAAGAAGAAAAAAAUAUUAUUUUAUUCAUGGUUUUUCACUUUCACAGGGGUCCUGUCCUCUAACCUCAGUGAAUAUGGAGGACUGACUAGUAGGUGCUAUUGCAUGACUAUUCCCAAAUAAUGCAUUUCACUCCUUUUCGUCUGUUGAACUGUAAAGAGUGUUACAUGUCAGCAAUAAAGUGCUAGUGUUUUGCAUGCAUGGUUAUUUA